GAGAGGAACGGUCAGCAGGGACCAUUAGCUGUGUGGGACUGGGGCAGGAGGACGAGCAGGGUUUGACCUUCAGGAGGCAUCAGUCUGCUGAGUCCCAGGGAGACUGAGAGGACAGACAGGGACAGGGGAAGGAGAGGAGAAAACCACAGGGUUAUCCUCUCACUGUGGCUCACCUCCAGAGAUGACCUAAAUAUUGUCUGUUGGCGCUAAGUGGUAUCAAGAGGACCAUAAAGGCGAAUCAUAUCUUCUCAUUCCCUGCUGGGCCUCUGUGGAUUUUACCUGUAGUGACUCACCUGGGCAAAUAGUGGUUUGCUAAUGUGAUGUCCCACUGAUCAACCCGUGCUGCUCUACAUACCUUUUGGAGGCACGUCACUCACAACUGAGAGCUCGGUGCCGUAAUGGGGGCUGUGUUGUUGAGUCUAGACGAGGCGAUCUUUACUCGGCAGGGUCUGCUGUGGACUCUCACCUCCACGGCCUUGCAACGCUUGCGUGUGCAUGCCAGGAAGCUUCCUGGACCCCUGCACCUAUUUCACACAAACAGGUGUGUGCCAAGGCCACUGUACCAGAUGACAGAGGGGAGGCGAUGUCAGGUCCAUCUCCUCGACGACAGGAAGCUGGAGCUCCUUGUACAGCCCAAACUGAUGGCAAAGGAUUUGCUGGAUCUCGUGGCCUCUCACUUCAACCUCAAGGAGAAGGAGUACUUUGGAAUCGCAUACACAGACGAAACGGGCCAUUUUAGUUGGCUGCAGUUGGACCGCAGGGUAUUAGAACAUGAGUUUCCCAAGAAGUCUGGUCCUAUUGUCCUCUACUUUUGUGUCAGAUUCUACAUAGAGAGUAUAUCCUACCUGAAGGACAAUGCCACUAUUGAGCUUUUCUUUCUUAAUGCAAAAUCCAUCAUCUACAAGGAGCUUAUUGAGGUGGACAGUGAGAUUGUCUUUGAAUUGGCUUCCUAUAUUGCACAAGAGGCCAAAGGUGAUUUCACCAGCAAUGAUGCAACCAGGUGUGACCUGAAAAAGCUGCCUGCUCUGCCCACCCAGGCCCUAAAGGAGCACCCAUCCCUGGCCUACUGUGAAGACCGGGUCGCAGAGCAUUACAAGAAGCUCAACGGGCAGUCCAGGGGCCAAGCUAUUGUAAAUUAUAUGAGCAUUGUAGAGUCUCUGCCCACAUAUGGAGUACAUUACUAUGCUGUUAAGGACAAGCAGGGGAUCCCUUGGUGGUUGGGUCUGAGCUAUAAAGGAAUCUUUCAGUAUGACCACCAGGACAAGAUCAAGCCCCGGAAGGUGUUCCAAUGGCGUCAGCUGGAGAACCUCUAUUUCCGAGAGAAGAAGUUUUCAGUGGAAGUUCAUGACCCCAGAAGGGCGUCGGUGACAAGAAGGACGUUUGGUCACAGUGGCAUCGCUGUGCAUACGUGGUACGCCUGUCCCGCCCUCAUCAAGUCCAUCUGGGCCAUGGCCAUCAGCCAACACCAGUUCUACCUGGACCGCAAGCAGAGCAAGUCAAAGAUCCACGCAGCACGGAGCUUGAGUGAAAUUGCGAUAGACCUCACGGAAACAGGAACUCUGAAGACCUCCAAACUUGCCAACAUGGGCAGCAAGGGCAAGAUUAUCAGUGGCAGCAGUGGCAGUCUGCUCUCCUCAGGCUCUCAGGAAUCAGACAGCUCCCAGACAGCUAAGAAGGACAUGCUGGCAGCACUAAGGGCCAGGCAGGAAGCUCUGGAGGAAACGCUAAAACAGAGACUAGAGGAACUGAAGAACAUCUGCAUCAGAGAGGCGGAACUGACAGGGAAGCUUCCGAAGGAAUAUCCUCUGGAUGUGGGAGAGGAGCCGCCCACAGUGAGAAGAAAGAUCGGUACGGCCUUCAAACUGGACGAGCAGAAGAUUCUUCCUAAGGGAGAGGAAGAGGAGCUGGAGCGGUUGGAGCGGGAGUUUGCCAUUCAGUCCCAGAUCACAGAGGCAGCCCGGCGUCUGGCCAGCGAUCCUCACCUAACUAGUAAGAAGCUGAAGAAACAGAGGAAGACGUCUUAUCUGAACGCACUGAAGAAGCUCCAGGAAAUUGAGAACUCUAUCAAUGAUUGCCGGGUCCGCUCUGGAAAGAAACCGACGCAGAGAGCAUCACUUAUCAUUGAAGAAGCCAAUAUUGGUUCUGAAGACAGCUCACUGUCCGACGCACUGGUCUUAGAUGAUGAUGACCCUCAAGUUACAGGUACCCCCACCUUCUCUCCAGUAGCAUCACCUCACAAGGGCCUCCCUCCUCGGCCUCCAUCUCACAGUCGGCCCCCUCCCCCGCAGUCCCUGGACGGCCUGCGACACCUGCACUACACACGCUCGGACUACGACAAAUCACCCAUCAAGCCCAAGAUCUGGAGUGAAUCGUCACUGGAUGAGCCCUAUGAAAAAGUCAAGAAACGCUCCUCUCACUCAAGGCGGUUCCCGAGCUCGGGCAGUGCAGAGGCAGGAGGCAGUAACUCUCUGCAGAGCAGCCCCAUCAGGAGCCUCCCUCACUGGAACUCUCAGUCCAGCAUGCCGUCGACCCCGGACCUGAGGACUAGGAACCCACACUAUGUACAUUCUACUCGGUCAGUGGACAUCAGUCCAACCCGUCUGCACAGUCUCGCUCAGCACUUUAGGAACCGCAGCUCCAGCCUCGAGUCCCAGGGCAAGCUGCUCACGUCCGACCCAGACACACACCCGCACACCCUGGGAACACUGGGCAGUCCGGACUUCUUCCUGGUCCCAGGACGCUCCAAUGGCUCUGACCCUCUGGAUGACUGCUCAUCGUGCACCAGCCAAAGCAGCUCAGAGCAUUACUACCCCGCCGGUGGACCCCCUGGCAGCAACCCCAACUACUCUACACUGGGAGAGGACUCACCCUCCAAAGCCAGGCAGAGGCAGAGGCAAAGGCACAGGUCUGCUGGAAACCUUGGUUCCUCUAACUCCGGCUCCAUGCCAAACCUGGCAGCUAAGAACGGCUCUGUUGGGUCCGGUGGAGGCAGCAUGGGAGGGGGACAACACGGUGUUUACCUCCACAGCCAGAGCCAGCCCUCCUCUCAGUACCGCAUCAAGGAGUACCCGCUGUACGUGGAGGGCAGCCCCAACCCCGUGGUGGUGCGCAGCCUGGAGAGCGAUCAGGAGGGCCACUACAGCGUGAAGGCCCAGUUCAAGACGUCCAGCUCCUACACAGCCGGGGGACUAUACAAGGAGGCCUGGGGGGGAGAAGAAGGAGGAGAAGGGAGCGGCCGUCUCACGCCGUCGCGCUCUCAAAUCGUACGGACUCCGUCAUUGGGGCGAGAGGGUGGUGGAGGAGGAGGGGGGAGGACAGCGGUAUCUGAUGAACUACGAUGCUGGUACCAGAGGUCCUCAGGGAGCGUGAAGGAGAGGAAUCAUUCACAUUCGGGAUCCACCUCCUCCGAGACAGGGUCACUGCAAGGCACUCUUGGACAUGGACGGGGGAGCAGAGUAGGGGCACUCGCCAAGGGCUCACCAGCUGCUUCCCCUCACAGCCAGAGGAGUAUGACGCCCUCCAGUGAACACGCAGCAACGCCCACUCCCCCCUGUAGCCCACAGCACAUCCUCAACUGGCAGAGCGGGUCGUUCAGUGACUGUUUUCUCAGCAGCCCCCUGUGUUCGGAGCUGGCAGACGUGCAGUGGUACGGACACGACAAGGCCAAACCUGGAACCCUGGUCUGAGACCUUCCUUUAGGAGCCGAGAAAAGUCCCGUCGCCCUCUCCUACUGCCUCUCCACUGUCCCUCACUACUACCCAUCGACAACCAACAACCUCAUCCUUAAAACCCUACAAGAUCCUGCCCCGACCGGACUGGUGGACUGGAUAUGAGCCUUCCUCCUCCUCCUCCUCCCUAUAUCCCGCCCUUCAUCCAUUUCCUCUCUUUAUUAUGCCCCCUCCUCUAUCACAGCUCAGCCAGACAGGGACACACUCACUGGGCUCUGAUUAGGGCGGAUCUCAUCAGACAGACUGAGACGUGCCACCUCAGCUGUUGAACUGUUGCCCUGGAGCACCAAGGAGCUCCGUCUGUACCCCCCCCCUCAACGGGACGAGGGGGAAGAAGCGAUGGGGAUAGAGAGCACAGAAACUCAAACUCAACGAAAUUCAACCAUCGGCCAUUUCCAGGAUCCGUUUCAUAUCUCAACCCCCCCACCCCUAAUCUAACAAACUUUAGUGCAUUGCCACCAGAUCUUUACUGGAUUUGAGCCACCAGUUUAUAACCCAUUCUCUGCCCUCAAACAAACUGUGUUGGUCUUCAUUACUCCCAUCAGUUGUGUUUGUCUUGUUUCUGUUCGUUCAUUUCUCCCUGCGUAAUUAUAGAUAAGAACAGUUGACACCAAUUUAUCAAAAAUCUGGAUUAACACACAUGACUCUUCGGUUUUUAACCCACAACCAAAGACAACUACUGGAUUGACUGGUCACACCUUGGGGAUAAGAGCGACUGUGAAUUCGCAGGAUGGUUUCUGGGACGCUGUCGGGACUAUUGACGAGGACUAUAGCAAUAACAAACAUUGUACAAGUCUACGAAGUGGCGUGUCAAUCCUGAGUGAACUGGAGCACAUGUUCUCGGCCUUGUGAUGCCUGGAGUUGAGGCUCCUCAGUGCGUCUCAGGGAGAAUAUGGUGUUUUGGUUAUUGUGUCUGGCAUCGAGCUACGUUCUCUGGUCUUUUACACGAUUCCACUGUCCAUAGCAGUUUGUUUGGCCGCAUGGUGGUGGAGGACGAACAGUGCUGGAGCCAGCGCGCGGAGGGUCGUGUUGGAGCUUCAUCUUUUAACAUGACCACACACGAUCACAGUUCCUGCAACGUCUCAUUCCAGCUCUCCACAUCUGUCAUCUCCCUCCCUGACAGUAGGAGAUGAUGUGGCUGUUGACACCUGCUGGCGUUACUUGUAGUUUGACAUUGAGGCUGUUAAGUGAUAAAUCCCAACAGUGAAUCAUCUUGUUUUUUAUCACUGCUGUCUCCUCUUUGGUCUUGGUUUUAUUUAGCAGCUCACGCCACGCUGGGUGUUUGCAUCAGUCCCUCUGUAGCGCUGUGUCUUCUCCUCUUUCUGUCCGUCUCUUCAGCAUGACAGCAGCAUCCUGACUGAACACACACAGUCUGAACUCAGUGCUGGGCAGAUCACACGCUGACUGUCAAAAUACUUUGCAUCUAUGGGCACACACGAGUACUAAUAUAUUUGUGCCAAACAUGUUACACUUGUACUGUACUUCAGCGCUGGAACGGCAACUUGUUUGAGCUGUAGAUCCUUCAAAUCCCCACAGUGCAUAGACAUCCUAUUAAACAGCAAGGAAGCAAGAUUCUGCUUCACAUACGAUUUGGCAUCAGACGGCCUGUUAAGGAAUAAGUCGAUUGUACUUUGGUUUUAAAGCACAACGUUAACAGUGUGUGAGGGCUGGAGCUACUACUGUUGUAUGUUCUCAUUUUCCACUCUCAUCUACUGAUGAGUUGUAUCGAGGUGCAAACAGGCAACUACAAAAGCUAGAACCGCAGACGAGGCAUUAAAUAAUCAUAUCUUUUACAGCACAUAGAUUCAUUCAUAGUUAAUAUUACCACAGUGACAGGGCAGAUGACAAGCCAUAAUAAGAAGUGAGGGAAAAAGCCUCUUGAGAUGGAGCGACUUAUUUUAUCGCACGUCCCAAACAACAAUCACAUAAUCAGAACAGGGUUAGAAAAGCACACCUGGUUUUGUACAAAGGAAGUUGAGCUGUGCAUGUUCUCGCUGUCCCCGAACCAGUUCCCCUUCGCUCCCCAGAUCAAGGUUUACCCGUUGUUCCGUCUUUGCCCAAAAUGUGAAGAUAAUGACAGAUGACGAUUCUGGAUAAAUCGUGCUUGGGAGCGUCGGCGUGAAUCUUGCUCUGUCCCUCGCUGUGGUGUUUCCUUGAUGCACAGUAGCUGUAAUCGGCCACUUUCUAGACUAUUUCCCAUGAGCAGGUUUAACCCUCUCUCGUGCCCCCGUGCAUGGCUGGUUCUCCGAGAGCUCUCCACCCUCGCCCGCUCAGAUUGUUUAGGUCUUUUACCCAGGAUUGGAACUAGCACUCGCCAGUUACCAUCACUCUAUUUAAUCGGGAGCUAUGACUCCAGUGUAUUCAAGGUUGACCCAGCUUUUUUCACUGAGAGUCUGCCUUCAGACUUUGCCCGUGCAUGCCAUGCAGAUCCACUGAUAUCAACCCUAAACACAUCCAGCACCUGAGUUCUUGACGCGAAGAUUAGCACGUCUUUCUCCAUAGUGUCAGCCCCCCCCCAGCCCCCAGAGGGUCCCGUUCUGACCUUGUGCAAACCUCUGACCUCUGAGCCCGAUGUGAUGAAGUGUGACGUCCCCUCUGUAGUUCCAAAAAAGCCCAUCUUUCCUGUGCUCCAUUAAGAUGUUUGAGGUUUUUUGUAAUACUCCCAAGAGAAGUGAACUAACUUUUAUCAGUCUUUUCCUGUAUGUGCGGAGGGGCACCGUAAGGUUUUGUGGGGUUUUUAACAUUGACAUUCAUUGUUUUAACAAUGUUCCAUUUUAUAUGAAUCAGUAUUGUUUUUGUUUUUUUAGUUCCGACAUUGUAACGACCCUUUCAGGUGCUACAAAAUGACCAGUUACUGCUUUGUCACAUAGGAUCUAGACAUCUCUUCACUGUUAUCGAUAGAUUCAAUACCAGAUGUGCAAAAUGAAGCUUAUUUUAACAAACCGUUUAAUAGUAGAACACUUCCCCUCGCAGACAAUAGAGCAUGUAACUUGAUUUUAUCAGUUCUGUUCAACUGUAACAAUACAUUAAAGGUGUUGUAGGAAAAAAUGUGGAAUUGAUAAGAAAAAAAAACUGAAUUCCACAGUUAAUUUAUUCUUUUUUCUAUUAAAAAUUUGUAUAGUAACUUUACAUUUUUCAAAACUGUGUUGUUGGAAAUUGAUGAUGAAUUUUCAAGAUGAGAAGCCGUGGUGGUUCUUGAGAGUAAGAAAAAUAAAUUAUUGAUGAAUGUUCUCAA